UUUAUAUCAUCACUUCUGUUUAGAAUGGAAGAUUUUUUGGGUUUUGACGAUGACGAUAUCACCGACUCAAUGACGGCUGAAGAUUUACAACGUUUGGAGAUGGAUGCAUGGAGAAAAGUGACAUGUAAGUCUGAUGGAGCUGCCAUGUGUCCAGAACCAACUUAUGGUCUGACAGUAAACCAAUGGGAUUCAAACGAUUUAAUGAAUGAUGCUUCGCAAAUUACGAAUGUUGAAAAUCGCUUGCAUGUCUUGAACAUUAAAAUAGAGGAGCUUGAAAGAAAUGCGCGUUUGAAAGAUGGACAGUUGGCCCUUAUCCGUCAGAAAUUAGAAACUCGUCAACGAGAAGUAAGAGAUAAAGACAACAUCAUUUGCAACAUGAGAUUAAAGUACGAAGAGGAAAAAUCCCAACGAGAUGGUCAGUUGAUGCAAGAAAUUAAGGCUUUAAAAACCCAACUUUCUUUCCAAAAACAUGAACUCAUGAAGUUAGAGACUCAAAACAAAAAUCAAAAAAUAUUUAGCACUCAUGAUUCUUUCUCCGCAUCUCAGAGACAGUCAAGAGGCUCUUUGAAACGCAAAGCAAAUAGUUUGAGUUCUGGAUUUGAUGCCAUUGAUUCUUUUGUUGGUUCUCAAAAGACCAAUUGUGCAAUGUCCAUCGAUAAAGUACCAAAACUUGAGAAGUCUGAUGUGACAUCUAAGUUUUUGGAUGUCUUAAAUUCAGAGAUAUCAGUCAGAGGAAAAGGCAGACUUAAUAAGUCUAGGAAUAUGGUUAAAGAGGAGGAAAAUUUUAAUUGUUCAAAAGAUUUGUGGGUUGAAAAUAGGGCUAGUAAAAUUUAUAAGCAGUUUGAUAAACAAGUUUAUCUUGUUAAGAAACUCCUUGCCCAAUGGACAGACAAUUGCUACAACAAUGGUUUUGAGGUGUUUAGUUUGUUGACAUUGUUGAAACAUCCUAUGAAAUAUCUUGAUGAAGUAUUAGAUUCACAUUGUGUUGAUGUUACAACAGAACUUUCACAGUUUUCUAUGAGACAAACACAGACAAGUAAAUCUCAAGAAAGAGACAAGGAGCUUUAUUAUGAAUCUGGAAAGUUUGAUCUUGUCUCACAUGGCUUGUCUUUGUUGCUUGUUUUAAAUAACAAUCCAGACAGCAAUAUUGGUUUCAUUAAUAUCUUGGUGGUUUUAGAACUUUACCUUACUUCAUUUAUUUACUCAAGACAGAGAUCAGCUGAUAGCCACAAACACCACAAAAAGUUUGAUAAAUCAUCAACGAGCAAGCAAAAUUUUACUGAUACCACAUGCCAUGAUGAUGAAGAAAUGCUUGUUCUUACUCUAAAAGUGCUGAAGGUUCUUUUUCACUCUGUAUCAUCUGUUGUGCAUUGGGUAUUGGAUCGAACAAAACCAGAACUUUUCAAACAAGAUGACUUGAUAAUCACAUAUGAUUCUAAGGAAGUCACUAAGGAGGAUCCUGUACAGACAUGCAACAUAGUGACUUGCAAUACAGAUUUUGAUGCCAAUAAACUGAAAUCAUUCCAAUCCCUUCUUCUACAGAAUAUGAAUCAUUUACUCACUCUAUUUAUGGAUGAUGCAACCCAGAUCAUUUGCUUUGGGACACUAGAUGUUCUAGUUGCUAUGACAACAACAUGUGAUCAACUCCAUCUGGAACGCUUGUUCUCCUACAUUCAUUAUGGAUCUCUUAUGCAACAUGUUACAAAGAACAACUGUAAUAUCCCGAAAAUGUCACGGAUAACGAUGCUACUAACUAAUUUGCUACCUUGCAAGAACAUCCGUUGCAUGUUGUGCUCGGGAACAGAUGAUUGUAUUCUCCUAAAGAUUUAUCAAUGUGCUUGUGAAGAGGAGCCUGAAGACAACGAACAACGACAAACGUUUAUUUUACAGUUCAUUGAGCUUCUCAACCAUUAUGCAUUCAGCCAAGAGGAUGCAAUGGAGUUUCUUCUGGAUUCUGACUGUCAGUGCAGUUUUGAGAUCAUACGUUGUCUCGUUCUCAUACUAUAUGAUGAAGUUAAUUAUCUUCUAGAUAUGGAUGGGGAACAACUUGCCAAUCAUGAUCGCCUUCGUGUUUUUCGUCUGGGUCUAAGCAUUCUCGUUGUAUUAUGUUCCCAUGCAAGUUACGCUCCUGAUCAUAAACUCCACGUGGAGCAUAAAUUCAAAUGCUUAAUUUACAAUGCAAUGAUGUUAUUCAACAACUCUGAACUUGAGAUACCAGAUCUUGAAGCUGUGGCGCUACAAGAUUUACUCGAUCUAGAGAACAUUGAUGAGAUAGAGUGGAAUUCAGGCGAUGGUUCUGAUAAUGAUGAAGAGUAGCACAAGGGAGCUGAAUACGAUGAUACGUAGAUAUGAAUGAAAAUGGUCUACAUACAACAUUUUCAGCUUAUCUUAUCCACCUUUGUAAGCUUUGAAUCAAGAAAUAUGUUGCGUAUGGACGCUUCAGAUAGCCUUGAAAGAUUUAAAGAACUAUGAUGAGGAAAAAUGUGUGAUAUUCAUUCCAAAAUUGCUGCACAAAACUAACUCUUGGACUCGCCGGGUGAGUGCCUCUGGGUCGUUGGGUUGGGCUUCUACAUGCAUCUUUUCUUUACCAACUUUACUUUGAAGAUCUUUGAUAACAUUUAUUAUUGACUGACACUAGAGUUGUGAUUGAGAAGAUUUAUAAAAGAUAAUAAGAUAAUAUUGAAGAUGUAGAGGAGAGCAAACUAAAAAAGAUUGGGUUGUUUUGCUGUAUUAUAGAAUGCAAACAAAAGUACGCCUUCAAACCUCUAAAUGAGCUUUAGUUAUCGCUUCAAUUAGUCUGUCGUCUUGCACUUCAACACCACUACCUUCUAACAUCACUACAAAACUCCACAAAUUUCAGCUUAUUUUUCUUGAGAAAAUAAUCACUCCAAUCCAACAGCCUUACCAACUCUAUGUUCACUACUGGUAACAACUAAAUCAAGGGAACUUUGCUGCAGCUCUUCUUUGGUUGGGUUAAUGACAAAUUCAUCAUCAAUGUCUGCAAUACGCACGGCACCUUAAAAGAAGAGUAUAAAGGAUCUUUACCCUUACUAAAAAUAAUCAAAGCCAAGAUGAAUACAAACAUAUGAUUGGUAAUGUUUACGAACCAACAGGUCCAUUCCAUGGCACAUCAGAAACACAUAGUGAUGCUGAAACUAGAGAAAUAUCAGGAUUUCAAUUACAUGAUCUUUUAUAUGGUAUGAUAUCUUUUAUUUCCAUGGUUACCAGCAUUGAUCCCAAGAAUAUCAGGAAUGUUCAUUCCAUCUGCAGCAAGCAAGGUGCAGAUGACCUAUGGAAAUGGAUGAAUGCAGUCAGCUUCUGACUGGAUCAAUAACGUACCUGGUAAUGACAUGAUCUACCUGAGUUUCAUUAUGAUAAUCUUUUGAAAACAAUGAUCUUACAGAUCUGUCUACAGAAUAAAGUAAUUUGUAAGAGAUUAAUAAUUGUCAUUUAGUAAAGUGGAUGUCCUGACAUAAAAUCUACCAAUUAAUCUGCCAAUAAGUAUUUCUCUUUCGCUGGGACCCAGGUCUCUCCUUUUGUAGUUGCUUGGAAUAAAACCCAUUGCAGAAGAUUUCUCUUGAUAAUCUACCUGCAAAAGGUGGCAAAGAACAAUAUUGUGGAAGAGUUAAAGUAGUUGGUCAUGAAAUAAAUACCCUUAAGUUCGUGAA